AUGGAUCCUAAAGAUAAAUUGCCAAGUAGAACUGCAUCGCCUAGCCCUUCUUUAAGCUCAGCUUCUAGUAAUAAUAGCACCGCUAGGAGACUUGGCUCAUUACAGCCAGAAUUACCUGCUCCUGGCAGAUUAGCAUCUGUUAGAACCAUUCCAACAGGUCAUUACUUUCUACCAACCUCUUCAAGGGUGACACUUCGUGGAACACAGAAAAUGAGAUUUGUUCCUACUGGUCAAAGUCAUGGAUCAAUUGGAAGAAUGGGUCGAGUAGGAAUGCGUGAUCGUAGUAGAUUCGUAACAGAGAUGAAAGCAUCUGGUCCAUUUGCAUACGGUCCUCAUGCUAGUUCUGUGCCAAUGAUGACAGGAUCAAAUAAAAUACUUGGACAUUCUAUGAUGGAUGAGAAAAAAGAUUAUGAUGAUUUUGCAGAAGACUUUGAUUCAUUUCGUGAAGAUCCAUGGGCACCUGAUAUACUUACUAUAGAAAAAGAUGAAAGUUUUCAAAAAUUUUUAGACGCUAAAAAUGAAUUACUAUCCAAGGAGAUCGACCAAUCUCGUGAAAUAAAUUUAAAGGAAAAAAAAGAAAUUGCUUCGCUACUCAAAGAAAAUGGACAUCUUUUCUGUAUCCAGUUACCCUCUAUCCUCCCAAAAUUUGAAGCAAACACAUUGCCUGUUUCAGAAAUUUUUGAUGAAUUAGGAGAUAAGGACAACAGCAAUACUGAAGGUCAAAUCGGUAAGCUUGUUAUAAGAAGUUCUGGGCAGAUGCAAAUGAUAAUUGGUAAUUUUGUGUUUGAUGUAAAUCCUGGGUUAGAUAGAUCGUUCUUGGAAAAUUCAAUUGUUAUUGAUCCAUCAAAAGAAACCGUUUAUAAUUUAGGACAAAUAAAAAAACAUUUAGUGGUUAAACCUAAUAUUUCAGAUUUAUUGGUAUAA